CAUGCUUCGUCGAAGUCUUGAUAUUCGUUAAUCGAAAUUUCGAAAAACCACCUUUCCUCCAGUUGUUUGGCUGCUGUUUCCUCGGCAGCCGUAUCUGUCUUAAUUUUUUUGUCGGUAUCUCACUGGCAAACACACCAUCGGCCCAGUUGCAGCGUAUUUGGCACCAUGGUCGUUUCUGCCGUCGCUAGAUGUGGAGCUACCGCCGCUUCUCGUAGCGGAGCUGUGUGGAGAUGCCGCCUAGUCACUCCCAGUGCGGGUGGCGCGUACCGACAAGGGGACUGCAGUCCGCUUCCCGUUCAUUUCCGUCCUUCUACCUCCGCGCAGCAGCAGCAUUUGCGGAGUUUUGCUACUUCCGCGUCAUCGUCCUCCUCUUCCAGCUCAGCGCCAAAACAAAGCGAAAAGCAACUUGACGCAGACAGCGUUGCGGCCCGCGCGGUGGCAGUUUCAAUGCACAGGCUGCUCGUGCGGUCGCUUUAUCGUAUUAAGGACGAGGACGAACUUCCCGCUUCUUCAAAUUUCGAACUUGGUGGGCUGCUUCGCACCAUAGCUAGUCGCUACGGGGUAAAUACGGACUUCAAAAUCACAGAGAGCAACAAGCGCUGGAUCGCACAGGCGUUGGCCUGUCGCAAUCCAUUUUCGGACGUGCAACACGGCUACGAGUUGACCAUUCUCACGCCGGAGCGGCAAGGAGGGAAGUAAGGAUUCUUUCGAUUCGUUUGUUUCUCGCUUCUUGCGUGAAUGUGCGGACUGCAGUUGAAAAAUACUGACCGCGAAACGAUGUAAUCACUCAUUGCUCACACGACACACAGGUACCAUCUUGUCGAAGACAACGGCGAUUAUCUCAACACGAAGCCAGUGAUGCUAUCCUACGACACCCUGAUGCUGCAAGACCGGACCUACAUAAGAUGCACGGGCGCAGACGAAGCUGAGUCUAUUAAUGCGGAGGAUCCGCAAUUCUGUAACCUGCGAGCACUAAUCCGGCAACUCUUGGCCAAGAAGCUUCAGGUAUAAUCUUUUCUGCCCCGAUGCGAAAAAUCACCCUCUGCUGUAGUUUAUCAAACUGCACGAACAAAUGCCACCCAUGUUUAAUGUCGGACAGAGGUUUCGGAACUUUCCCAUGUACAGGUAGAAGUAGAUCCCGCAGAAGCGGGAGAGCACUCAGGUCCCGUCUCCUUCAAACGGGAAGCAGUGCUCGACCUUGGUUUUGAACUUCUGGAGCUAAUUGCUGAGUUUCGUCGCAGCUCGCGGUUCGUCGCCCGGCAGAAGCGGCUGCAGAAGCGACAGAUCGAUCGGGAGUUCGAGGUGCUGUCGCACAAGAGAGCGCCGAAAAACCGGGCCCGCAUGCGUCAAGCGAAGGAGCGCAUCAAGGAGCUGUGGCUAAACCAUCCGGACAGAGAAAUCCGUGAUCGCCUGUUUUCCGUCUGCAACCUGGUAGGGGAUCUCGAUUUUUUGACCACCACGCCGCGUCGGGGAAAGGCGGUAGAGGACUUGGAAUCUUCCGCGAAGAUAGAUGACGCCACAAAACGCCAGUGCCUGCUCGAGUUGGACGAUAUUCUCAGCGUAAAAUUUGUUGCUUACUGAUUUUGCGGUUUGAUCUUGAGCGUUUUUCUUUUUGUUCUUUCAUUGUGAUUGUGGUGAAUAGCCAUUCCCAUUGCAAUCGAUACAAGAUGAAAAAAUGAAAACACUAACACACUACAGGUCGACCCGCUUCAUGUGGAGACGCUGCAUACCCGGGCGCUGCUAUUUUUCAUGGACGGAAACUACCCGGCAUGCGAGGAGGAUUUGAAGCAAAUCCUGAAGAUUGAGAGGCGGCACUUUCCCAGCCUGCAAACCCUGUUUCGCUUGCACCAAGUGCGGGAGGAUCGCAAGGGCAUGAUUGACGUCGUUGACGACCUGCGAGCCAUCGCGCCACGCGAUCCGGAUCUCGACAAUCUCUACCGGGACAUCCCAAACGCAAGCGAGAACCCACCCGUAGCGAAAAGCACGCGAAGUAGUCCCAGGGUGAAUGAUACCGAGACAGGACCAGUGGCUGGCACAUCUGCGAAGAGCAAAACCAGGGCAUCUUCCGCAACGGCAAAAACCGAUAUCGAGGAACUUUUUGACGACGACAGCGCUGCGGAGCAGUUCAAUGCAAAUACGAGAAAUAACGCAGUUUCCUCCUCAUCUGCCCCGGCGGAGGGCGACGCCCCGUCUGCCGCCGCGGGUCCUGCUUCAAGGGCGACGGCAAACAACCCGACCAGCAAAAAGGUGCCCGUUGACGCUGAGGGUCGUGUGGACUAGCGGUCAAUGUCAUACAAAAUUUUGAACGAAAGAGAAAGACGAUUUAGACGCAAGUCAUUUUUCUCUUCACUUUCAUUCGAUUCUCGUCUUAUGUUUCGUACAAAAUGCACAAUGCGAUAGUCUUUGUUUCUGGUAAAAUGACGGUAGUAAUUAGAAGACGGUUCUGGUUUGAGUUUCGUACGGAAGAUGAUGCCGAACUCCACUAUGUAAAAAUGCAGUGUAAACAAAAGCGUGGAACGGAAUAUUUUGGGCAUAGGUAGACGAACUUUUUGUCCUGGAGGUUUAUCCUUACACACAACUGAGGUCGCAUUCAUCUGGAAAUGCCUAUGUAUCUGCAACUGACCAAGUGUUAUUUGUGUUGUCUUGUCGCAAUACGGCCUACUGUAUCAACCAGGAAACAGGAGCGACACAUUACGAGAGAAAUAAACGGCUUCUUCUUUAGAGGAGAGAUACAGGUAUAGAGCGCACUUCACGACGAGUGGUGGUAACGCUGCUUAUCUUCAAAACCAAGGAAACAAAGACAACGAAUGAUAUACAGAGUUCUUGUUUUACUUUCCAAUACAGCAUCCAGAUCCAUG